AUGUAUGGUUAAAGCAGGCAACUUGAGAAUAACUAAUAAAUAAAAAAAUCUUACGGGCUGUGGCAAAGAGUGAAAGCUCUGCCACAGACGAAAAUUUUUUUUCAAUAUUCUCCAUAGAAAGAACAUAUUAAUUAUUUAACUACAGUUUAUCAAAAUGUGAUGCAAAAAAUUAAUAUUUAUUUAAGGAAAAAAUUGUCAUAUUAGCAACUUUAGAAUCAAUAUAAUUAAAUUGUAUUUUAAAUGCUACAAUGUUAUAGAUCAGGGUGGGUGUUUGAAAAAGUAGCUAGAAUUUCCAUGAAUAAGGUUAAAUAUAUUAACGCAGAGAAAGCUUUGAAAGGAAUGAAAUAAAUAGAACCAAAUCAUUUAGAAGGGAUGGAUUAUUAAUCUUGUUUAUGGCAUCUAAAAUAAAUAAUCAGAAUUGACAUACUUUACCUUUUCAUGUUUAUAAAUUAGUAUGCAAAAUCUGAAACAUCGUGAGCUAUUGGAAAUUGUUUUAGUUUAAGGAAAAAAAAGGAUAAUUCAACUUUUGGAAGAGCAAUUUAAUUAAACAAAGAUUAAGAUUAAUCAUAUGCAAAUACCUUUCAGAUCAUGAGUUUUCACUAAAUAUAAAAUUUAAUAAGCAAAGAAAGUUUAUGA